GCCGUACAGUUGAAGUGUGUGUUGGUGUGUUUGUUUAUUACUAAAUUUUUUUUUUCUUCUCUUUUCUGAUUGACUGAAGACAAAAUAAAAAUUGUUUUAGAGCAAAAGUGAAAAAAAAACUCACAUUGAAAAGUACAAAUUUGGACAUCGUUUAUAGUCGCGAAAGUACAAAUUGUUUUGUAAAUUGUGUGGAAAAUAUGAUGGUGCAAAUAAAAGUGCUAUUGGCUAUUGCAAUUUGCAUUUUUGCAUUGACCAAUGGAUGUAAUUCAAAACCGCUCGAUAUUUAUGAUGAAAUUAUCGACAACGACGAAGAGCAACUACUACUUCGCAUGGCUGAACUCAUCGAUUCUAUUGGCAGCGAUAACCAAUCAUCGUUGUCGUCGUCAUCAUCUACUGCUGCUUCAGCAAUCAAUGAUUUGAAAGACAUGAAACCAGGUGAACGUUGUAUAUUACCUGUAUUUGUAAAGGGUAUGUGCCGUGCAUUAAUUUCUCGCUGGAGCUAUGAUCCAUCAACAAAAUCAUGCAAAGAGUUCAAAUUCGGUGGCUGCGAUGGCAAUGGCAACAAUUUCCCAACGAAAAAACAGUGUUUGGAAGUGUGCAAAGGAAUUUAGUAAUGUACACCAUUGAGUCACCGCAAUGCAUUUACUAUGGCGUCAUACAUUUUUGCGUGAUUUCUUCCACAGCAUUAUCCAACCAAAUAUAAGAAAAUAAGCUCUCUUUUUUUAAAUAUAUAUAGUUAUAUUUUUCAUUUUUAUUUUUUUAAUUUUAAAAAUAAACUUUGAUAACGCACAAUUUUUAUACAAACAUUUCUAUGCACUAUUCGUUAUGUGGUUUUUGUUUUAAAUAGUUAUGUUUUGUUUCUUAUUUGGUUUGAACAGAAAAAGAAAAUAGUAUAGAAUAAUUUAGAAUUGUAUCGAACUAAAUUGGCCAUACAUGACAGAGACGCAUGGGACAUUGUUGUUAAAUUAUUAUUAUUUUUCUCUAUUAGUAUGUGUGUUUCAUGUCAUUGUGGAAAGUAUUCAAAUUUCAUUGUGUACAACAACAAUAACAACAGAAAAAAAAGAAAAUGUAGAGAGAAAGAAUAAAAUAAGUGAAUAUAUUAAUAAAUAAAAAAUAAAUUGUAUGCGUUGAAAGCGUCACGCAAAUAUAUAAUAUGAAUAUCUUAAAUUGA